UAGACUUUUGACAUUUCGUAUGUCGAUUGUAUCUGCAGUUUGAACGCAAUCCAACGCAAUUUCACGGUCGUGUUUUUCUACAAAAUCAUCAAUGAAGCCCAGUUUGGCAAUAAGAAGAAAUAAAAUACUUCAAGGUCUGCUGAAAAGUGUAAUAUAUAAUAAACAUGACAUCAUAGCUAUUAAUAAACCAUAUGGACUAACAGUACAAGGAAAUUCCAACACACCCAUCAGCUUGACUGAAAUGCUCGAUGAUUUUGCAAAUGCCAAAGGACUGAAGAAUAGGCCAAGACUUGCUCACAGAUUAGACAGAGACAGUACUGGGGUGCUGCUACUUGCAAAAUCGGAAGGUGCAGCUCAAUAUUUGGGUGAGGUAUUCAGAGAGCGCAAAGUGAAGAAGACAUAUUGGUCUGUGGUCGUGGGAAGCCCAAAUGAGGAGGAAGGACAUAUAAGAAUCCCGCUGAAAGAACAAACUGUGAAUGGCAGAUUCAAGAUCACAUUAAGUGAAGAAGAAAUUUCAGAUGAAUAUGACACAGAUUGCAAACCAGCCCAUACAAGAUACAAAGUUCUUGCAAAAAACAGAAAUACAUGCUCUCUUCUGGAACUACAACCCGUCACAGGCUACAAGCAUCAGAUACGAGUGCAUUUAGCACAAGGACUGGGAACACCCGUACUGGGGGAUCACAAGUAUUCAUCUGAAAAACAACAACCACAGGUAAUUCCGCUGCGUCUACUUCAAAUGCUGGGAUUCAGUGGAGUUCCAAAUACUCAAAGUGGGAAACGCAAGAUCCAAGCAUGGCAAAGAGCACUAAUCCCACUUCAUCUUCAUGCCAAGGAAAUUAUGCUGGACGAUCUCGAGACAAAACCGGUGAUCAUUAGAGCUCCUCUACCAGAGUUUUUCACAGAGACUCUAUCGAGUUUGAAGCUAGACCCAUUGCAAAACAAACAGAAAAAAUCCAAGGCGGAAAGACGAUACCGAGAUUUAAAACAGCUGGGCAUCUCGACAAAUAUCAUUUCUGGGUUCUAGUUUUUAGAGAACAUUUCAAGUCAUCAAGGCAAUGUAUAAUUUAGAUUGU